AUGCCCAUUCCCCUGAUCGUCCAGGGUGUCACCGAGGGUGUCUCCUCCAUCCCCAUCGCCUGGACGAUCCUCAAGCUCACCCCCUGGGUUCUUGUGAUUGCCGUCCUGAAAUUUUACUUUGGCGGCGCCCGCAAUUCCUCGGAGCGGGUGAUGCACUCCAAGGUCGUUAUGAUCACGGGAGGAACAUCCGGCAUCGGCGCGCAAAUCACACAAUCCCUCGCCGCCCGCGGGGCGCAAAUCAUCCUGCUGACGCAACACAGCCCCUCGGACGUGUUCCUGGUGGAAUACAUCGAGGACCUGCGGCGCACGACCAACAACCAACUCAUCUACGCGGAGCAAGUGGACCUUGGCUCACUACACUCGAUCCGCACCUUCGCCACCAAAUGGAUCGACAACGUCACGCCGCGCCGGCUGGACAUGAUCAUCCUGUGCGCCAGCACGAACCCCCCUCAAAAGACCCUGACGGACGACGGCCUCGACGAGGAGUGGCAGGUCAACUACCUGGCCAACUUCCAUCUGCUGAGUAUCCUCAGCCCCGCGCUGCGCGCGCAGCCGGCGCACCGCGACGUGCGCGUCAUCUUCGCGGGGUGCUCGUCGAGUUACAUCCGGGCGGGCGCGUUUGAUUUGCGGACGGUCGAGGAUGUGAUCAAUCACCAGGUGUUGCAGCAGCAGCAGCAGCAGCAGCAAAAGUCAGCAGCGGCGGGGCAGAAGGUCGGGAAGAGUGGUCACGGGAAAAAGACAUCUACAGCCACCACCAACAACAACAAGAAACAAAAGCAGAGGCCGGAAAGUCUGUUCGGGAUGAGCAAACUCGCCCUUAUGGUGUUUGCGCACUCGUUUCAGAAACAUCUCAACGCCUUCAAGCGGCCGGACGGCCACCCUCCGGCCGCGCGGGUCAUCAUGGUAGACCCCGGGUUCACGCGCACGCCCGGCAUGCGGCGCUGGAUGACGGGCGGGUCGCUGUGGGGCCUGCUGGGGUACCUGGUCACCUGGCCGGUGUGGUGGCUGGUGCUCAAGUCGCCGCAGCAGGGGGCGCAGAGUUUCCUGUACGCGGCGAUGGAGGCGCGCUACGGCCGCGACGAGGGCGGGUGGAUGAUCAAGGAGUGUCGCGAGGUGGAUGUGGCGCGGCGGGAGAUCCGGGACGAGGCCGCGGGCAAGCUGCUAUGGGAGUUCAGUGAGAAGAUGAUCGAGGUCAAGGAGAAGGAGAGUGCCGUGCUGCGGGCGCGGGCCAAGAAGGAGGCGGAACUGGCGGAGGCGGCCGAGCAGAAGGCCGCUGCCGCGCCCAAGGCACAGACCCCUGGGUCGAGGAGGAGUCGGAAGGGCAAUGGCAGUGGCGAGAGUGGUAAAUAGACUGGCUGUAUAUAUGGUGCGAUAUUUUGGGGGAGGUUAAGAGUGGAGUGCAUACAUGCAUGGUUCUGGAGUUUAGGUAACUGUUUCAAGACACCUCAUCUAUCCACCUCAAGGGUCGGGUAAUCCAAUUACUUAUUUCAUGACACCUCAUCUAUCCAUCCACUCGCGAGACAACAACACAGCAAACACAAGCAAGUGCAAUUA